UCACGUUCUAUUCGCAAGAGAAGAGUAGAAAAUUUCUUUGCCUUUUUUUUUUUUGUAGAUUUCUUUAUUUUUUUAUUUUAGUUAAAAGAAUUUUUUGUUAUAUUUUUCGAAUUUCUAUUUUUGUGUGCAAAAAGUUUAAUUCUCUUUUUUUUUAGCUCUCAAAAGUUUCUUAAGUUGAACGGUUUGCUCUUUACAUUGGCGAGUUAAAAGCUUUUCAAAUAUUUAACUGACAUAUUUAAGACAAAUCGAUUCUCGAUAUGGCUUCUGAUAAUUCUUCAAUUCUUUACCUCUUCGAUCGACCUGCUGAACCUGUUUAUAUACCGAAAGGAGAGCAACGUGUUGCCUUUGAUAUACCGCCAAAUUAUUUGCCGGAAAAGUAUCGAAAUGUGGCUACGGAAGUACUUACUCGAUAUAAUGACGAUACAAAGUUGAAGAUCCCUGUGAAGAAUAUCUCAAUUCCAGAUUUAAGAGUUCCAAUGCAAUUAGGUCGUCGUGAACAAUUUUCACUUUUUUUGCCCUAUCAUCGUACCAUGGCUGCGAGAUUGAUCGAAAUUUUUACACAAUUACGAACUUAUGAUGAUUUUCUUUCGGUGGCUGUUUAUUGUCGUGAUCGAUUGAAUCCAAAUAUGUUUAUUUAUGCCUUAUCGGUGGCAAUUCUUCAUCGACAGGAUACAAAAAAUUUACCAGUUCCUCCACUUUCGGAAAUUUUUCCCGAUAAAUUUGUGGACGGAUCUGUUUUCUCAAGAGCCAAGGAGGAGGCCAAUGUUGUUCCAACAGGAGCUCGUAUACCAAUUGAAAUCCCUUUGGAUUAUACAGCAUCAGAUCUCGAUGAAGAGCACCGUGUUGCCUAUUUUCGAGAAGAUAUUGGGAUCAAUCUCCAUCAUUGGCAUUGGCAUCUAGUUUAUCCCUUUGAUGGUCCUAGGUCAAUAGUUAACAAAGAUAGACGAGGUGAACUGUUCUAUUAUAUGCAUCAGCAAAUGCAAGCCAGGUACAACGCAGAGCGUUUGUCUAAUAAUUUAAGUCAAGUGAGACGUUUCAACAAUUGGCGGGAACCAAUUCCAGAGGGUUAUUUUCCAAAAUUGGAUUCACAAGUGGCAAGCAGAACAUGGCCAGCACGUCCUAGUGGCACAAUUCUUAAGGACAUUAGUAGACAGGCGGAUCAAGUGAACUUUGACAUUCAAACUUUGGAAAGAUUUAGAGAUCGAAUUUAUGAAGCAAUUCAUACUGGUGCCGUUGUCAAUGAUAAAGGAGAUAGAAUUCCUUUAACUGAGAAGGAUGGUAUCGAUAUUCUUGGUAAUUUAAUGGAGUCCUCAAUUCUCAGUCCAAAUUCGAAACUUUAUGGUGACCUUCAUAAUAUGGGCCACGUGGCAAUUUCAUUCGCCCACGAUCCUGAUCAUCGUUAUUUGGAAUCUUUCAGUAUAAUGGGAGAUCCAGCCACCGCAAUGAGAGAUCCAAUAUUCUUUGCUUAUCACGCAUUUGUGAAUACAGUUUUUAUGGAACACAAGAGAAAUUUGCAACCGUACAGUAAUCAACAGUUGGAUUAUCCGGGAGUGGAAAUUAAAGGAAUUGGAGUUCAAGCUCCAAAUGUACCAGUCAAUACUUUAUCGACUUAUUGGACAAAAAGUGACGUUGAUUUGUCACGUGGUAUGGACUUCACACCCCGUGGACCAAUUUUCGUUCGCUUCACACAUUUAAAUCAUGCUGAUUUCAAAUACAAUAUUGUCGUAAACAAUAAAACGAAUGCCAUUAAACGGGGUACUGUGAGAAUUUUUAUGGCCCCAAAGUUGGAUGAAAGAGGACUUCCAUUCACUUUGGAAAAUCAAAGAGGUCUGAUGAUCGAAAUGGAUAAAUUCCAAGUAUCACUGAAACCUGGAGAAAACAGAGUUGAACGAAAUUCUACCCAGUCUUCGGUAACAAUUCCCUUCGAGAGAACUUUCCGUAAUAUUGAUGAUCAGAAUAGACCAAGUGGCGGACAAGCUUUAGAACAGUUCAACUUGUGUGGAUGUGGAUGGCCACAACAUAUGCUGAUACCAAAAGGAAACAAAGGUGGUUAUCCCAUGGACUUAUUUGUCAUGGUUUCCAACAUUCAAGGCGACGAGGUUAUGCAAAAUGAAGUCGGAAGUUGCAAUGAUGCAGCAAGUUUCUGUGGUGUAAGAGACAGCAAAUAUCCGGAUGCACGUCCUAUGGGUUAUCCAUUUGACCGCAGACCAGGAGAUGGUGUGAAUACUUUACCCCAAUUUCUCACUGGAAAUAUGGCAGUCACGCAAAUAAAUAUUCGUUUUUCUGAUCAAGUUGUACCACGAACACGUUCCGGAAGUAUGAGCAAUUCUUUGAGUUUUGCUUAAAUCUUAUUUUUUUUCAAUAUACAAUUAAAAGUG